GGAAAGGGGGGCGGUGCCAGUGCGUGUUGCUAGGGUGACGGCGCGCGCCUCCCUCCGCCCAGGACGGCGGUUCCCAUGGUGACGGAAACGCCGCGGGGCCCGGCCGGACCAUGUCGGACCUGGGCUCGGAGGAGUUCGAGGAGGAGGCGGAGAACGAUUUGGGGGAAUAUGAAGGUGAACGCAAUGCAGCAGGUGAACGACAUGGACAUGGAAGAGCACGGUUACCCAACGGUGAUACAUAUGAAGGAGAGUAUGCCAAUGGUGUGAGAAAUGGGCGGGGGACCUACAGAUUUAAAAAUGGUGCUCGCUACAUUGGAGACUUCUUUGACAACAAAAAGCAUGGUCAAGGCGUUUUUAUGUAUCCAGAUGGAUCAAAAUAUGAAGGAGAAUGGGUGGGAGACCAAAGACAUGGCAAUGGAGUUUACUACUACGUGAAUGGAGACACCUACACUGGAGAAUGGCUUAACCACUAUAGGCACGGGCAAGGUACAUACCUCUAUGCAGAGACUGGCUCUAAAUAUGUUGGUGGCUGGGUAAAUGGGCAACAGGAAGGAGCAGCUGAACUUAUUCAUCUAAACCACAGAUACCAGGGCAAAUUUGUGAAUGGAAAUCCGGUAGGUCGUGGAAAGUAUGUCUUCGAUAUUGGGUGUGAACAGCAUGGUGAAUACACACAUCUAGAUCAGGAUAAAGGGGAAGAAGAGGAAGAGGAGGAAUCUCAGUCAAUUAUUCCAAAAUGGAAAGCAAAAAAUAUUACUAAAUUAACUCUGUGGACACCCGGGAUUGAAAAACCACCACCUCCUGAAGAGCCUCCGGCAGCAGAAGAGAUACCAGCAACUGCAGUUGCUGAGGAACCUGUUGCUGAGGAACCUGUUGCUGAGGAACCUGUUGAGGUUGGGGAACCUCCUGCUGAAGCUACAGAACCCAUUGAAGAUCUGUCUCCAUCUAAGGAGGGAGAAGAAGAGGAGGAAGGGGGCAAAGAAGAUCAAGUGGAUCAGGCAAAUACUAGUUUAGAGGAGAAGGAGGAAGAAUCAAAGGAAUCAGAGGAGGCAGAAAUAAGUAAAGAAGAAUAAAACCAAAUAAGGAAAUUACACGGAAAAAAGCUGGGUACCAUAGCCCUGUAUUAUUCUUAUUUAAUUGAAAGCUCUGUUAUACUGUUUUGAAUAAACAUAUUUUUCUGGGUA